AUGUCAGGAUCUCGGCAAUCCCUCGCCAUGUCGCGGCCCAGCCAGACCUUCUUUCAGCGCCCCUCGUCCGGCACUAACCUCGCCGACCUUGGCCUUUCGUCACUUAAGCGAUCGACGUUCCAGCAGCCCAAGGGUGACUUCACCCCUGGGCCUGCUACCCGCACCCCUCGCCCAUCUAUGGAUGUUGGCGGCGACCAACGCAGCAGCGUAUACCGACCGCGCCAGUCCACAGCCGCCCCAACGACGCACCAGAGCUUCUUCCAAGCUACUCCCCAAGCUGCCGGAGUCCCGCGAGACCCUCGCCCCCUCAAGGAUCGAGCUUUCCAGGCCCGUAUUGGACAGGAAUUGCUGGAGUACCUGGUUCGGAACAAUUUUGAGGUGGAGAUGAAGCAUGUGCUGUCCCAGAAUGUCAUGAAGUCACCGACUCAGAAGGACUUCAACUACAUGUUCCAGUGGAUCUACCAUCGCAUCGACCCAAACCAUAAGUUUCAGAAGAACAUUGAUCAAGAGGUGCCGCCCAUUCUGAAACAAAUGCGCUACCCAUUUGAUAGGAGUAUCACCAAGAACCAGAUUGCUGCUGUCGGAGGCCAGAACUGGAGCACAUUCUUGGGUCUCCUCCAUUGGAUGAUGCAAUUGGCCCAAAUGCUCGACGGUUACGCGGCCUGCAGAUAUGACGAGGCGUGCAUGGAGAAUGGUGUUGACGUCAGCGUCGACCGCAUCAUCUUUGACUUUUUGAGCAACGCAUACAAAGACUGGCUUGCCAUGGAUGAGGACAUGGGAGACGAGGACGCUGAGCGUGUCUUGGCUCCCCACGUCGAGGAAAUGGCCAGAGCAUUCGAGCGGUCUAACUCGAAGUAUACGGCAGAACUUGAGAUGCUUGAGGCGGAGAAUGCGCGGCUAGUGAAAGAGAUUGAAGAUCUAGAAAAGGCGAUGCCUGAUCCCUCCCUUCUGGACAACAACUUCAAGAUCAUGGAGGAGGACAAGGUCAAGUUCAAGGAUUACAACGCCGUGGCCACGCAGCGAGCCAAGAAGUACGAGAACCGCGCUCAAGUGCUGCAAGAAGAGCUGGAAAAACUCAUGGAGGAGCUGAAAGAGGCCGAUGAGGAACGACGCAGCCUGCAGAAGGCAGUCGACGCUCAAGGAAUUAGCAUGCAGGAUAUUGACCGCAUGACCGCUGAGCGCGAGCGCCUCCAGAAGGGUAUUGAAUCCGCAGGCCAGCGAUUGGAGGAGGUAAAGAAGAAGGUAUUAGAGAAAGAGGCCGAGGCAAGCCGAAAACUGGACGAGUUGGAGCGCAUGGUGGAUCAGUAUAACACCGUGGCAUACCAGACUGCGCUUAUCCCCUCCACGGCCGCCAACGCCAAGGGCAGGGAUUUUGAGCUCCAAGUCAUGGUCAACGACAACUCGCACGUUACUUCAACCAACCUCAAGGGCUCUUCCGGAGCGUCGUCAUCAGCCGACCGGUUGCUAGUCGACGCGACGACCGACUACCAACCCGGACAUGUCCUCAACCUUGACCUUCGAGGCUCAGUCCGAACCAGCCUCCUGGCACUGCGCAAGGAGAUCUCGGAGCGGCGCGGUGCAGCCAUGGAGCUUAUGAUGAAGGACCACGAUUUGCUCGAUGGCAUCAAAGAGGCGAUCGAGGACAAACGCAGUGAGGUUGAGGCGCUGAACCAUCGAGUCCGAGCUGCUGAGCAGGAGUAUGAGGCGACCAAGGAGGUGACAACGGCGCAGAAGUUGGCAUCAGACGCACAGAUCGAGAAGCUGGAGAAAGAUCUGUCACGAAUGCGGGCAGGACUGUCAGAGUCUGUACAGAUUCUAGAACAAAAGGAGAUCAACACAACGAUCCAGUACGAGCAACUGGUUCUACGAGCCAAUGCCCUUCGCGAGGAACUGCAUACCGAGAUUGAUCGGAUGCUCAACGACGUCAUCAAGUUCAAGAUUCACAUUCAAAAGAACCUGGACGACUAUGAAGGGUUCGUGGCAGACGAGCUGGAGAAAGAGCUAGGAAGCGAAGAGAUGGGCGAGGACACGCGGCCGGUCGAAGUCUGA